CGAACUGACACUGAGAUGGAUAAACUGGGAGCAUUGCUGCUGCUGCUGCUAGUCGGCUUCUUGGCCAUGGCCGUGGCCAUGCCCAACGAUUCAGCCCCAGAGGGCCGCAUACUGGGCGGCGACGAGGCCGCGGCCAACUACGCACCCUACGCCGUAUCCCUGCGCAUCGACAAUGCGCACGUGUGCGGCGCCAGCAUCGUCUCCGAGUCGCAUCUGCUGACAGCCGCCCACUGCUGCUAUCGGGAUGGCAAGCUUGUGGAUGCCAGCCGCUUGUCGGCUCGCGUGGGCAGCACCAAUCAGUAUGCCGGCGGACGCAUUGUGACCGUUGAUUCGGUCACCCCCCAUCCCGACUAUAACCAGCUGAGCAACAAUCUGGCCGUCAUCAAGCUGGCCAGUCCGCUGGCCCUGACGGACCGCAUCCAGACCAUUGAGCUGGUGGACAUGGACGAGGCGCUGCCGGAGGACGGUGCCAAGGUCAGCGUCUCCGGCUGGGGCACCACCGUCGAGGGCAUUACCUCGUUCAAGCUGCGCCAGCUCGAUCUGAAGUUGGCUGCGAGCAGCAGCUGCCUGGACGCGUACAGUGACUACGAUCCGGCCAAGAGCUUCUGCCUGGCCCAUGCCCUCAGGGAGGGCACCUGCCAUGGCGAUGGCGGCAGUGCAGCCAUCCACAACGGACGCCUCAUCGGCGUCAGCAACUUUGUGGUCGGCGCCUGCGGCUCUCGCUAUCCGGACGUCUUCGUGCGCGUUGCCGGCUACAAGGAUUGGCUGCAGGAGCAGCUCCGCAACUAACCUAAUGUAACCCAACCAGUCUAUACCAAAUAUAUAUAUGUAUAUCUGCUUUCA